CCCCCACCCCACACCCACACCCACACCCACCCACACCCACACCCACACCCACCCACACCCACACCCUUCUUGACAAUGUUAAUGGCUGAAACGAAAAAAAAAGAAAAUUAAUCCGUAUAGAAAGAGAAUUAGUGAACAAUGAUAUAUACAUUUUAUUUUCUUGUUUUCAUAUUGACUUGAUUUAAUUUUGAGUUGUUGAGACCAAUACCUAAAAUAUAAAAAGAUCAACCGAAGUCUUACUACCUUCAAAAUGAUCUUUAAGAAAAAAAAAAGAAAAAUUGAAAACUAAUACUUACAUUUUUAGUUUUAUUUGUAUUAUAUUGUAUUGAUAUUGAAUUGAUUAAUUUUGAAUCUUGGAGAAGUAACCUAAAAUAUAAAAGAAAAAGGUUGGAAUAUGAUUCAAAUAAUUGAAUGAUUUUUUAAUCGAAAAUCAUUCAUUUUUAUAAACAUUUCAAUACAUUUUUUUCUCUCGUUCAAAUAAUAAUUAGAUCAUAAUAAUUAUGGACGAGAAAAAAUAAAUCGUCCGGUCGUCGUCGUUGUUUUAUUUCUUUUUUCCCUCACAUUUUAUUUUUCAUAAGAGAGAACGAGACAUUAGAAUUGUCAAGAUCACAAUUAAGUGUCAUUUUAUUGAAUGUGAUUGUAAAACAAUAAUACAAUUAAAAACACUUGAAAAAACCUUAUUUAAUAAAUAAUAAAUAUGAUUGAAAAAUCGAAUAUCAAUAAGAAAGUAAAUUUGCAUCUUUUUGUUUUUUUUACAAAUAGUUUAUUGUAUUUAUUAUUAUUGAAAAAAAACUAAUUAUUCUAUUAUAAAUCUAUAUUUUAUUUAGAGCACUUUCAUCAGCACAAUGA